AUGGCUCCUACUAAAGAAUCUUCGCGUGCCGGUAUUCACCUCGGCGUAGACUUCCAAUACGACGAAGUCAACUUUGAUCCUACCCCUCCUCCCCCAAGAGAUGACCCCGAUCCUCCUCUGGGCAUCUUGAGCAGCUUCACUGGAGCCUGGACCGGAACUGGCUUCAACAACAUCUUCCGACCAAACUCUGUCGCCCCCACUACUACCACCUUCACCAAUCCCGUCCUUCCUGCCCCUCCCUCUCCCCCAAAUGUCUCAGUUCUUGAACUCAAUCUAACGCAAGAGGAUCUCGUAUUCUCUCAACCGUUGGGAAAAGUUCCCAAUCGUGGCCUUGAGCAGCAGAAUGACAUUAUCAUCAAUGGUGUCACGUAUCUCCAGACUGUGAACGAUGUUACCAACACUGCUACAGGAAGAGGUGAUGGUACCAAGACAGGUAUUCACACUGAGACUGGCUUCUGGUUGAAUGUUCCUCAGACCAAGAAUAAUCCCGUGGAGGGAAACACGCUUGUCCGUCUUGGCUCUAUUCCUCAUGGGACUACUAUCAACGCACAGGGUAGCCCUCCAGACGUAACUCCGGGACCACCGCAAAUUAGCAAGCGACCAAUCAAUCCUUUUUUGAUUGGAAAACCGAACGAUAUCCAAGUCAAGCCUAGUCAGACGGCCUCUCUUAAUAACACGGCUCGUCUACCUCAGGAUCUCACUCUCUUCAUUGAACAAGGAACGAUCACCCAGGCCAUUCUUGACAACCCAAUCCAGAUCCUUCUCGACAUCAACAGUCAGCUCAACAUCACGGAGACCAACACUUUCACGGUCUCUACCCAGUUUGGUCCAACACCUGGCGGCGGCACAGCUAACAUCGCUUUCCUUGUCGGGGCUAGUAGCCAGGGCCCCAAUGCGGAUGCUGUGCAGAUGGAAUCUACAUUCUGGGUUGAGACCAUAAAAUCUGAGAUUACAGUCCAGGACUACACGCCUGGCAAGCCUCUUCUUCUGCAGCCGGCCUACAAGCCGGCACAGGGCAAGACAACGCCUCCGCUUCCGACAUUCUCUGUCACGCCUCCUGGUCCUGUCACUGGCCCCAAGACGAUUCCCGUGACUUACACACAGAUUCAGUACUCGCAGACUGUUAACCUUAAUUUCAAUGGGUUGACCUGGCCGCAUUUGUCGCUGGCUACGUUGGUGCCUUCUCAGCAUAUCGUGGUUGACUAUCCAUCCUCUUGA